GCGUUAUUGGCGUUAUAGUCGUUAUUGGCGUUAUAGGCGUUAUAGACGUUAUUGGCGUUAUAGGCGUUAUUGGCGUUAUAGACGUUAUAGUCGUUAUUGGCGUUAUAGUCGUUAUAGGCGUUAUUGGCGUUAUUGCCGUUAUAGGCGUUAUAGGCGUUAUUGGCGUUAUAGUCGUUAUUGGCGUUAUUGGCGUUAUAGGCGUUAUUGGCGUUAUAGACGUUAUAGUCGUUAUUGCCGUUAUUGGCGUUAUUGCCGUUAUAGGCGUUAUUGGCGUUAUAGGCGUUAUAUGCGUUAUAGGCGUUAUUGCCGUUAUUGGCGUUAUUGACGUUAUUGACGUUAUUGGCGUUAUAGACGUUAUUGGCGUUAUUGACGUUAUAGGCGUUAUAGGCGUUAUUGGCUUAUAG